CCUGCCCACUCCGCCAGACCACCGACAGGCCACUGGGGAGGAAACACCAACGGACAAGUAACAGGAUCGAGGCCGCAGGGAAGAUGGCGCCGAAAAUAAGCAUCAUGGCGUUGUAUCUCCUUUUAUUUGUGCUGGCUGCUGUGGAUGCAAAGCCUCCCGCCGAUGAUACGAAGCAGCCAGUGACAGGGCGGGUGGCUCCUGCAGAAAUUUCUGAAGGCCUCCAGGAAAUCGACAACCACGGCCGGAUCACCGUGCCAGAGGGCCAGUCGCUGCCCCCACACCCAGCAGUAGGGCCAGGCCACAACGCUCCACCUAAUAGUAUUGACGAUGGCGGCAGCGGCCCUGUGCACUACAGCCACAACACCCACAACACCCACACACAACACCCGGACACAGUAUUCCGGUCCCGCCAGCUCUCUGCCGCACACUGGCUACCUCGCCAAUCCCAGGAGGCGAAUUGAGGACACACACGUGGACUGUCUGAAAACGCACAUGCUUGUUACCUUCAAGUUUUCUGUGCCUUUCCACGGGUACAUCUAUCCACACAACAAUUUUGAAAAGUGUCUUCUCUUCGCUGGCCACAAUUCCUGGAAGGCGGAAAUUCUGCUCAAGCAUGGGACUUGUGGAGACCAGGAACACACCAUUAUCUAUCACGGACGCACCUUUACAGACCCUAUCAUUGACCACCGCCUCGUCAUUCAGUGGGACCGAGACAUAAUAGGAGAGGAUGAUACCAGCGUGAUCGUGAGAUGUGAAAGACCAGACGAUUACAACAAGACGGUUGAAUGGAAUCUGGGAUUGCGCGAUCUGCAGUCGUCCUUUCACACCAGCACACAUCCGGGCCCCAAAAUGUGGAUGGAGAUCCAGCGCGGGGAGGGCCCCCAGGCGCCGCCGCUGAACGACGAGUCCGUGUAUGUGGGCGACGUGCUGACGCUCAUCUUCACCCUCUCCGACAACGUCUACUGGUUUGACUCCAACAUCCUCACCUGUUACGCCGUCGAUGGAGGGGAGAAAAAGAGCCGUAUAGAGUGGGACACGAGCGACCAUAAGGACGUGUCUGCCGCGGCCAGAGUAUUCAGUGGAGAAGCCACUGUGAUCGAGAAUGGGUGUUCGGUAAAGCCCAAAAUAUUUUCGCAUUUCUACAAAGAGAAGCACAAUUCGCCAAAUGGAGAUAUGGUUACAUUGCACUAUGCACACUUCAAGGCUUUCAGAUUCCCAACCUCCAUGAAGAUUGUCAUUCAGUGCGAUGUCCAAGUCUGUUACAAGGCAUGCGAGGAGACGCCGCCUUGCAGCGAGGCCUUCAACCCCCGUGUUUCGCCGGAAGAGCACAGGCGGCGACGUCGAGCGGUCGAGAAGGACGCUAAUGCCAACACCGAAGGCGCCGUCGAGCUGGACAGAGUGAAUCUCUACCGCAGCAUAGAGGUGUACAUGCCCGACGAAUCAGGCGCGGAGACCAUUAGACUUACGGCUCCUGUAAACCAAAAUUCCAGCAACUGCUACACAGCCUCUACAUUCUUUGGAACUGUGAUGGCGUUAAUGUGUAUCAUAAUCAUCCUAGUUCUUGUGCUUUUGUUCAUCUAUAUGAAAGUGAAAAUAGUCCAACCGUCUUUCUUCUCGCCAAAUAAGACGAAGGGAUAAGAAAAGGUUUUGCUUUAUUUUCUAGCUGACCAUUUGUUUAGCUGGUGGAUUUGUAUUUAUAAUGCGAUUUUAAUAAAUUCAUUUUACAAA